AUGCUAGACAACAUGGAGAGAGGACUGCAAGUAAAACCAGAAAGACCGUCAACUUUAAAAAUGCUUCCUACAUAUGUCCGCUCAACUCCAAAUGGCACAGAAUUUGGCGAUUUCUUGGUACUGGAUCUAGGAGGAGCCAUAUUUCGUAUUCUCAAGGUAAAGUUAAGCCGUGCUUCUGGAGUGGAGAUGGAGAGUGAAGUAUUUGAGAUAUCUGAAGAAAUUCGGACUGGAACAGGUGAACAGCUGUUUGACCAUGUUGCUGAUUGCCUUGGCCGUUUCCUUCAACAUCGCAACCUUGGUAAAGAGGUUUUGCCAUUGGGAUUCACCUUCUCAUUUCCUUGUGUGCAGAGUCAACUAGAUAAGAGUGUACUUAUCUCUUGGACUAAAGGUUUCCGUUGCUCUGGCGUGGAGGGCAAAGAUGUGGUCCAGUUACUAAGAAAUGCCAUCCAAAGGCGUGGGGAUUAUAAAGUGGAUGUUAUUGCCAUUGUCAAUGACACAGUUGGAACAAUGAUGAGUUGUGGCUACAAGGACCACAGCUGUGAAGUUGGAUUUAUUGUUGGUACUGGUACCAAUGUCUGUUACAUGGAGGAGAUGGGCAACAUGGAAGCUGUGGAAGGCGAUGAAGGUACAAUGUGUAUCAACGUGGAAUGGGGAACACUUGGAGAUGAUGGGACACUAAAUGAUAUUGUAACUGAGUAUGAUUCACAGAUGGAUCAAACAUCUAGUGAACCUGGAAGACAACGCUUUGACAAAAUGAUUAGUGGAAUGUAUAUGGGAGAAAUUGUGCGUCAUGUGCUUGUCAAACUGACCAGUCAGGGAUUACUCUUUGGUGGUGUGUCAACACAGCAGCUUCUUAAAAAAGGAACCUUUGGAACUAAGGAUGUGUCGGACAUUGAGAAUGACAAUUUUCCUUUUGAGAAAACUAAAAGUGUUUUGGCUGCCUUGGGUCUAAAGCCAAGUGAACAGGACUGUGUCCAGGUAAAGUGUGUGUGCAGUGCGGUGUCUUUGAGGUCUGCCAGGCUGUGUGCUGCUGGACUUUCUGCAGUUGCCAGCCGCAUAAAGAACAAUCGCCAGCACUAUCUGGGUAGAGUCACAGUGGGCGUCGAUGGAUCUGUCUACAAAACAAACCCCAAAUUUGGUGAACACCUCAAUGAAGCUUUGAGAGAGCUUGCUCCAGGAUGUCAAGUUAAGUUUUUGGUUUCUGAGGAUGGAAGCGGAAAGGGCACUGCCAUAGUAACAGCUGUAGCUCAAAGGCUUGCAACCCAGAGAAAGCACAUUGAUGAAAUCUUAGCCCCUUUUCUUAUGUCCGAAGCAAAGCUAAAGGAGGUUCAAGGCCGUAUGCGUAAUGAAAUGGAGAUUGGUCUACAUAGGCAGACACAGCCUGGAGCUACUGUGAAGAUGCUUCCCACCUAUGUACGCGCUACGCCAGAUGGAACAGAAGUUGGAGAAUUCAUUGCUCUGGAUUUAGGUGGGUACCAAUUUCAGAGUUUUGUGUGUAAAUGUGGGCUUGAAAAAUGAGGGUGGCGUACAGAUGAAAAGCAAGACCUUUACCUUGCCUACUGAAGUGAUUCAAGGGACUGGAGAAGGGCUAUUUGAUCACAUUGUGGACUGCAUCACAGAAUUUCAGAAAGACACUGGCCUUCAAGGAAAGAAACUACCUUUAGGCUUCACAUUUUCCUUUCCCUGUAAGCAGACCAGCCUUGAUCAGGGUAUCCUAAUUUCAUGGACAAAGGGUUUCAGUGCAUCUGGAUGUGUAGGGGAAGAUGUUGUCAGGCUUCUUAGGGAGGCAGCCAGUCGUAAAAACAACCAUGAUUUCCGUGUGGUAGCAUUGGUGAAUGAUACAGUGGGAACAAUGAUGUCCUGUGGAUAUGAUGAUACAGCCUGUGAGAUUGGACUGAUUGUUGGAACAGGAACUAAUGCUUGUUAUAUGGAGGAAAUGAGGAAUGUGGAAGUGUUUGGAAGGUGUCGAGGGACGGAUGUGUAUCAAUAUGGAGUGGGGGGCAUUUGGAGACAAUGGGUGCCUUGAUGAUAUUACUACUUCCUUUGACAAUGAUGUGGAUAAGUUCUCAAUAAAUCCUGGAAGACAAAGGUAUGAGAAGAUGAUCAGUGGAAUGUACCUGGGAGAGAUUGUACGCCAGGUCUUAAUUUUACUUACAAAGGAUGGAAUUUUAUUCCGUGGCAACAUUUCAGAACAGUUGAAUACUAGAGGCCUAUUUCCUACAAAGUAUUUAUCUCAGAUUGAAAGUGACAGUCUGGGACUCCUGCAGGUGCGAUCCAUUCUAACAAAACUAGGUCUGAAGAGCACAUGUGAUGAUACGGUUAUAGUGAAGGAGGUGUGCACUGUAGUGUCAAUGAGAGCAGCUCAACUGUGUGCUGCCGGAAUUGCCGCUGUUGUUGAGAAGAUGAGAGAAAAUCGGGGCCUUGAUCAUCUGAAAAUCACUGUAG